GGGCCAAAUGCAGGCAAGUGGUUGGUUGGCAUGGACCAGGUGGGCCAAAGGGCCUGCUUCCAUACUGUACGACUCUAAAUCUUGGCUCACUAUGCCCCCUGUACAACCUCCAUCGCAUUUGCCAGUUUCUCUCUUCAUUAUAUCUGCUCUGAAGACUUUUCACUGCAGCCACUCCACCACCAUUGCAGACAGACCCAGACUUCUCGGUCUGUGGUCUCCAGUAAGGUUUAUGUAAUUGGCCUUGGUUUAUUAUUAUGAUCUGUUCUGAGACACAAUGCUUGUCUUGCAUACUGUUCAUACAGACACUGCACUGAGGUAGAACAAUACCUCUGAGAUAGGGAUUCCUAACCUAGUGUCCAUGGAGCUCUUGGUUAAUGGUAUUGGCCCAUGGCAUAAUAAAGGCUGGGAACCCCUGCUGUAAGACAAUACCAAUGCAGAACAAAUAUAACUGCAAUAGAGCAAGUGCAUUAAAAAUCAGGUGCAAGGUCAUAAUAAGGUAGAUUAUGAGGUCGAGAGUCCAUCUUCUCAUAUCAGGAAACCAUUCAACUGCAGGGUAGGAGCUGUCCCUGAAACUGGUAGUACAUGCUCUCAGUUCUGGUUGCCUUACUAUGGGAAGGAUGUGGAAACCAUAGAUAGGGUGCAGAGGAUACAAGGACAUUGCCUGGAUUGGGGAGCAUGCCUUAUCAGAAUAGGUUGAGUGAACCCGACCUUCUCUCCUUAGAGCGAAGGAGGACGAGAGGUGACCUGAUAGAGGUGUACAAGAUGAUGAGAGACAUUGAUCGUGUGGACAGUCAGAGGCUUUUUCCCAGGGCUGAAAUAGUUGCCACAAGAGGACACAGGUUUAAGGUGCUGGGGAGUAGGUACAGAGGAAAUGUCAGGGGUAAGUUUUUUACUCAGAGAGUGGUGAGUGCAAGGAAUGGGCUGCCGGCUAUGGUGGCGGAGGCGGAUAUGAUAGGGUCUUUUAAAAGGCUUUUAGAUAGCUUAGUAAAAUAGAGGGUUAUAGGUAAAUUUAGUAAUUUCUGAGAUAGGGAUAUGUUCGGCCCAACUUUGUGGGCCAAAGGCCCUGUAUUGUGCUAUAGGUUUCCUACGUUUUCUUUUAAAUCUACUUCCUAAUUGAAGGGGCAGAAGAGAGAAUGGAUAGAGUUUCUGGGGUCUUUGAUUAUACUAACUGCUUUACUGAGAGAAUUGUAGGGGAGGGGAGGCUGGUUCACACGUCUGUGUCCACACCUCUCUGAGGUUUCUUGUGGUUACAUGCAGAGCAGUUGCAUACCAAGCAGGCGUGCAUCGAAAUACGAUGCUUUCUAUGGUGCAUUGAUAAAAAGAUAGUAAUGGUUACUCCCCAGGGGCCCAAAAUUAGUCACAAUACUCCAAGUGUGCUCUGUCCAAUGCCUUAUAAAGCCUCAGUAUUAUAUGCUUCAUGGAAGUCAUGAAAUUUCUGUAUAAAAGGCAAACACUUUUCUCCCCUCAUUGUCUUUGGACAUUCUGUAAUUAAUUAACUCAGCCACCUACAAUAAAACAAGGUUAUCACUAGCCAUUGAAGGGUAAACCAGUCACAGAAUGGAGGACAAUUAUGGGAGGGUCCCAUACACAACAAGGAUAUUAACAGAACUGAACAAUGGCCCAGUCCAGAAUCUAGUGAUUCUUGAAAGAUCAUUACUGAUGCCUCCACAAUCUCUUCAGCCACCUCUUUCAGAACCCUGGGGUGUACACCAUCUGGUCCAGGUGAGUUAUACAUCUUCAAACCUUUCAAUUUCCCAAGAACAUUAACUCUAGUUAUGGUAACUUCACACACUUCAUGACCCGACACCUGGAACUUCCAGCAUACUGCUAAUGUAUUCCACAGUGAAGACUUACGCAAAAUAAGAGAAGAGAUCAUACAGUAUGGCCAAGUGAAAUAGGAAUUGAUAUGAAAGGAGAGGGGAGUACCGAAUUAAAAGUAUUAUAUAUGAAUGCACUAAGUAUAAGGAAUAAAGUAGAUGAGCUUGAGGCUCAGUUGGAAAUUGGCAAGUACAAUGUUGUGGGAAUAACUGAGACACGGCUUCAAGCGGACAGGGCCUGGGAAAUGAAUAUUCAAGGAUAUACAUCUUAUCGAAAGGACAGACUGACUGGCAAAAGGGGUGGGGUGGCUCUGUUGGUGAGGAAUGAUAUUCAGUCCCUUGCGAGGGGGGACAUAGAAUCUGGGAAUGUAGAGUCAGUAUGGCUAGUACUGAGAAAUUCUAAGAGUAGAAAGACCCUAAUGGGAGUUAUCUACCAGCCCCCAAACAGCAGUCUGGAUGUAGGGUGUAAGUUGAGUGAAGAGUUAAAAUUGGCAUGUUGCAAAGGUAAUGAUACAGUUGUCUUGGGGGAUUUCAACAUGCAGAUAGACUGGGAGAAUCAGAAUGGCACUGGACCCCAAGAAAGGGAGUUUGUGGAGUGCCUCCGAGAUGGAUUCUUAGAACAGCUUGUACUGGAGCCUACCAGGGAGAAGGCAAUUCUAGAUUUAGUGUUGUGCAAUGAACCAGAUUUGAUCAGGGACCUCGAGGUAAAGGAACCAUUAGGAGGUAAUGACCAUAAUAAGAUACGUUUUAACCUACAAUUUGAGAAGGAGAAGGGAAAAUCGGAUGUGGCAGUAUUACAGUUGAACAAAGGGAACUAUGGAACUAUGAGGGAGGAGCUGGCCAAAGUUCAAUGGAACAAUACCCUAGCAGGGAAGACAGUGGAACAACAAUGGCAGGUAUUUCUGGGAAUAAUGCAGAAGGUACAGGAUCGGUUCAUUCCAAAGAGGAAGAAAGAUCCUAAGGGGAAAAAGGGGCAGCCAUGGCUGACGAGGGAAGUAAAGGGCAGUAUAAAAAUAAAAGAGACAAAGUAUAACAUAGCAAAGAUGAGUGGGAAACCGGAGGACUGGGAAGCUUUUAAAGAGCAACAGAAGAUAACAAAAAAGGCAAUACGCCAAGAAAAAAUGAGGUACUAAGGUAAACUAGCCAAGAAUAUAAAGGAGGAUAGUAAAAGCUUCUUUAGGUACGUGAAUAGCAAAAAAAAAUAGUUAAGACCAAAAUUGGGCCGUUGAAGACAGAAACGGGUGAAUUUAUUAUGGGGAACAAGGAAAUGGCAGAUGAGUUGAACAGGUACUUUGGAUCUGUCUUCACUCCGGAAGACACAAACAAUCUCCCAGAUGUAAUAGUGGCCAAAGGAACUAGGGUAAAGGAUGAACUGAAGGAAAUUUAUAUUGGACAAGAAACGGUGUUGGAUAGACUGUUGAGUCUGAAGGCUGAUAAGUCCCCAGGACCUGAUGGUCUGCAUCCCAGGGUACUUAAAGAGGUGGCUCUAGAAAUCGUGGAUGCAUUGGUAAUCAUUUUCCU